UUCUGUCCAGGAUGACUGGUUGAUGUGAACACAAUCAGUCUUCUAACGUUUAUGAAUGCAUGUGUUGAUUUUGUAUUUUAUUUGAGUUACCAGUGACUUGGAGUUGCCCAUGGAGUCUAAAUACGUGUUCUUAUUUCAUUUAUAAACAAAGUCAAUAAAGUUUUUUGAACCUUUGUGAUAUCUCGCGAGAACAUCCGUUUUCUCGUCAAGCAGUGACAUCAACAGUUGUUUUCGCGGGAACUGUUGUCUGAUCUGUUUUCAGGGGAAACAUUCAGAGAAUCUAGUUUUAGAUUGGACUCCAAGCUGAUCAAACUUGAGCCAGAUCGUAUUCGUUUGAAGGACAGUCAUGUUCUCUGACCUGAGCGCCCAGAAGGAAGGGUCUUCUCUGCUCUGCCGCCCAGACUCUGAGGACCAGGGCCCGGUGUUUGAGAGGACGUCGAUGGCCUACAGCCCCUGCUCGGAGCGCUACAGCGUUGGGGAGAGAAGCUUCAAUCGCCAGUAUGCCCACAUUUAUGCUGCACGACUCAUGCAGAUGAGACCCCUGCUGUCAGAGAGAGCCCAGAAGAAGUGGGGAUCAGAUGUGGUUAUCAAGAAGCUGUGUGACCUGGAGGCAGGAGUGCAGUGUUGCAUUGUGGGCACGCUGUUCAAGCGUAUGGACCUACAGCCAUCUAUUCUGAGGGAGAUAAGUGAGGAGCACAACCUCCUGCCCCAGCCUGCAAGAGUCAAGUACAUUAGUGAUGCAGACGAGCUGAUCCUGGAGGAUGAGCUCCAAAGGAUUAAACUUGAAGGCAAAAUUAAUCGAGACAAAUGUGUCACAGGCAGUGUCAUUGCCAUAUACGGAGUGGAAAAGAAUGAUGGGAAGUUCACGGUGGAGGACUUUUGCGUGGCAGAUCUCCCUCCACAGACGCCAAAGCCUGCUCUAAACUCUGACAGGUUUGUGCUUCUUGUCUCAGGACUAGGUCUCGGCAGCAGUCGUGCGGACAGCAUGUUGGAGCUGCAGCUGCUUGUUGACAUGGUAACGGGUCAGCUUGGUGACAAGGGAGAGCAGAGGGAAGCGGCUACAAUUUCCAGGGUUCUGCUGGCUGGAAAUCUGCUGAGCCAGCACAUCCAGGACAAAGAGGCAUCAACCAAGGCUAAGUACCUCACUAAGAAGACUCAGGCCGGAAGUGUGGAAGCCAUUCGUUUGGUUGAUGAGAUCCUUCUUCAGCUGGUGGCAUCGGUUCCAGUGGAUGUAAUGCCGGGUCAGUAUGACCCCACCAACUACAUCCUGCCACAGCAGCCUCUGCACAAGUGCAUGUUUCCCUUAUCCUCCAUCUACCCCACACUACAACUGUCCUCCAAUCCAUACGAGGCCACCAUUGAGGGAGUGAGGUUCUUGGGCACUUCGGGUCAGAAUGUGUGUGACAUCCAGAGGUACAGCAGCAUGGACAACCACCUGGAAAUAUUAGAGGAGACACUCCGGCUCAGACACCUGGCCCCCACAGCACCCGAUACUCUAGGCUGCUACCCGUUUUAUCUAAAGGAUCCUUUCAUCUUGGAGGAAUGUCCCCACGUUUACUUCAGUGGCAACGCCCCAGCUUUUGACUCCAAGCUCAUUAAAGGUCCUGAUGGUCAGGAAGUCCUUUUGGUUACGAUACCAGAGUUCAGCAGCACACAAAAGGCAUGUCUGGUGAAUCUACGCACGCUGCAGUGUGAACCAGUGUGCUUCUCCGCCUUCUCUGCUGCUGAUGAAGAUGAGGAAAGUGAGAUGAACGUCAGUCACUAACAUCAGGACCAUUUUCCUUAUGAUUUCUCAGAUGAGCCUCAAAACCACGAACUCCAGUUUUACUGAUGCUGCUAAAACUCGAAUAAGAAGCCUCUGUCAGUACCUUUGAGGUAAAAUCAGCAACUGUAACCCAGUUAAAAGCAAGGUGCUAAAGACUCUUGGUUCGUAUUAACGUUUAUUUGCACCCCACACAAGCAGCAACUGAUUAAUCUGUAAAAAUAUUUCUGCCAUGAGUGAAAUCUAUACAUAAUUCAGCUGUUUUUUUUACGUGCCCACAACAAACAUCUUUUCAAUAAACAAAUGACAAAAAACAA